CAAACAGCUUUCACUCUCUUCGUGGCUGUAUUGACAUCAUGUUUCUUGAUGCUUUUGGUCUUUUGGAGCUUCCGGGAACGGGAUGCUCCUUAGUAGCCCUAUCAUUCCUCUCUUUGUUCACAUUUCUUAUCUUUUGGAGAAUAUGGACAUUUACCAUCUACCCACGACUGUAUCCUGACGAACCGCGAACGUACCCAUACUGGAUACCAUUCAUUGGACAUAGCCUCUCCUUCUUCAGCAAUGCAGAGCGUACAAUGGAACAGGCUCGAUUAUAUUUCAACAACAACCGAGCACCGUUCAAGCUGAUCAUCAUGGGCGAAGUGGUCUAUGUGAUCACUUCCGCACAAGAUACCAACUCUGUCUACAAGAAGGAUGACUACUUCUCCAUGAAUCCCUGGGUAGUGGAAUUGAUGGGCAAUUUUGGCGCCUCGCCUGCCUCCGUCAAAGCCAUGUGGAGCAACAUCUCCGAUGCAGAGAAAGGACAAAGCCCACUCGACCUUGUGCUGAAAGGUUGGAAAGACAAGCCUCUCAAGGAGGUCUGCGUGAAAUUGUUCCAGACUUUUCUCAACCCUGGACAGCAAUCAGAUGAGAUCUUGAAGGUCCUCCUUGGAACGAUUCAUGAUCGCAUGCACUGGGAUGCUAUUCCAGAGAAGCUGAUCCAUGCCGGGCAAGGCGGCAAUGAGCAAAUCAUAUCACUCGCAAAAUGGUCCCAAGAGGUUCUGCUCGAGGGCGCCACGCGAUCGUUCUUCGGAGGCAAACUUCUAGACAUCCAGCCUGAUCUCUUUGAUUCCUUCUUUGAAUUCGACGAGAACAGCUGGAAAAUCUCAUACCAAAUUCCAGGGCCCUUCGCUCAGGAUGUCCAGAGAUCUAAGAAAAUUGCGGAAAAUGCAUUUCAGAAGUACUUCGAAGUGCCCAUAGAACAGCGCCCCGAUACUUCUGACUUGAUGAAAAACGUGGAAUCGGCAAUGCGUGCCAACGGCAUUCCCCCCAAGGACAUGGGAGUCCUGGUGUUGAUGUUCUACUGGGUUAUCAAUGCAAACGCAUGGAAAGCAUCAUUCUGGAUGCUGUCCGAGAUAGUCAACAACGAAUCUUUGCGUUGCAGGAUAGUAGACGAGAUUUCACCCUAUGUCUCGGCAUCAACGAAGCCUUCGUCUUCUGCAAACGAUCUUGCAACUGCGUUGGGCCAGCAUUGCCCGACACUAAUGGCUGUGUAUCACGAAGCGCUGCGCUUGACUGCAGCUUCUACAUCUGUCCGUGUUGUAACGAACGAUGCAGUCAUUAGCGGCUUGAAACUACGAAAGGGCACGAGAAUGGUCAUCCCCUAUCGACAAAUGUUGUUAGACGACCGAGCCUUUGGACAUGAUGCACACAAAUUCAACCAUGAACGAUUCCUACAAAAUCCUAACCUAGCCAAGAGCCCGAGUUUUAAGCCCUAUGGUGGCGGCUCUACUUUGUGUCCGGGGAGGAUGGUGGCACAGAAAGAAAUUUUAACUUUUGUAGCUCUUGCUGUUGGCAAGUUUCAGGUGAGGCUACCACAGCAAGAUAGCUUCAGGAGCCAAGGUGUCCCUGAUAUGAAUGUUCGAACGCCGUGUAUUGGUAUCAUGGGUCCCGUGGAAGGGGGAGAUGUUGAUGUUGUAAUUACGAGACCGCAGUGGCAAUAA